AUGGUAGAGGAGAAGCUCACGGCAAUCACUCCGCUCAGUGUGCAUGCCCAAGAUUUACAUCAGUGCAUCUGGAUCCAGAUGCUGAGUUCCUUCUACACUGAGCUUCAGCCUCAUUGCUAUCUGUUCCAGGAACAUGGCGAUGAUGUCCUGAUGUCUCUUCUCAGGAAUAUCUGCCACUUCGGCAAUCAUCUGGGCCUGCAAUUUCAGCCUCCCAACUUCACACGACCUGGUACCCCUCCAGCUGCAACUCAUCAGCAGCCGAAAGGUUUUGUAAGCACUACUGGAGGCCAGCAGGCUGCUAUAUCAGCAGUAACUUUUCCGCCGGUACAGACACAACGCCUUCCAGCAAUGUCACAGCAGAGCCCAUCAGGGCCCAGGAGCGGGACUGGACGCCUCCAAGCUGGCACAUCAGUAGCGGUCAAGCCGAUGGAUCUUGGUUUUGCCGCCUCCACGCUCAACUUUGGAAUCACGGAGGAAGAGUUCACUCCCGCACGUCGGAAGCAGACCACUGCGAAGCAGCAUCGUGCGCUGCGUCCUACAGCAACGAGGACCUCCCCGAAGGGAGCGGUGUCGAGGUCUUGCCCAAAUCAAAGCUCAUCACAUGAGCCGACUUUCGAGGAGAUUUUAGAGGGUACACAAGGACAAUCUUACGUUAUAGCUCCAGCUAACAGAAUGACCAGAUCAGAUGAUUGCAGAGUUCAGUGCUCAAUGAACAUCCUCUCCAGCCGAACAGCCAGCUUCAAGAGAGUCGAUUAUUUGUGA